AGUCUAGAAGAGAGAACAGUUAUUUUUAUUUCUUCCCACCGCUGCCGCUUAGCGUAGGCUUCAAGUUCAAAAGAAGAACGUCGAAUCUUUACCUCUCGACAGCUUCAAACAAUCUCCUUGCUUUCCCUAUUCUCCCUCUCUCUCCCUCGCCCGACGAAGGCCAAGGUUAUCACAGUGGAACUAUAUACAUCUUUUUUUUGGAGAAGUGUCAAAUUGAGACAUAGGUUUAGCAUGGAAGUCCUCUCAUCUGGAAGGAUUUUUUUGGAUGAUGGUUACCUGUAAAAUGUAGAAGCUGUAUGCACCGAAUGGCAGACAUUAAAAUUUUGAAGAUGCCCGUUCAUAAUUUUGAAGAUGUGAAAUGAUGUUAUGUAACUUUUUGUCUAGUUCAUUCCCACUGAAGAACAAGGUUUUCUUGCUCCAAACAUACUCAACUAUCUGUGUUUAGCUGAAAAAAGUGAAAUUUCAGGAAAUGUACAAGUGGAUAGAAAGUGACACAGUAUUCACUUACUCUAAUCAUGAACUCAGUUCCUGUGAUAUUUAGUUUGGCACAUUGAGUAAGAAGCAUAAUCUAUAAAAUGAAGAAGUGGUCUGGAGGUCUUCUGAUUGCUUCCUUGUUUAUGUUGCUGGUUCUUAGGUAUGGUGUAAUGAAAAAUCCUAUUGGUGAAAGUUUACUUUCCAGCCCAUUCUUUAUAAAUGCAUCUAAUUCCCUUGAAUGGGUUAAUGCUGGAGUUCCACCUGCAACUUUAAAUCCUGAUAAUGCCUCACAAGUAGUUUCUACUGAUGCCUUAGUUUCCAGUCUUUUUUCUUGGAGGAAUUUCUCUACUGAAGAGCAAAGUUCAUUACAUACAUGGAAACAUUUGAACCAUUUAAUAAAUAAUGCUGGGACUCUACCUAAUGCAAUAGAAGCUGUCAAAGAAGCUGGAGUUGCAUGGGAUAGUCUUAUGGUUUCAGUUGAAGAAGAAAAGCAUAGUUAUUCAAAUGAAAGUUCACAUCAAAAGGCAAAAGAGAAACAAUGUCCUUAUUCAUUGUAUAAAAUGAAUGCCACUGAAUUUGGUGAUAGUGGUUUCAAGAUACUGAUUCCUUGUGGCCUUAUUCAAGGUUCUUCUAUUACCAUUAUUGGUACUCCAAAUGGCCUUCUUGGGAAUUUUCGAAUUGAUUUAACAGGGACACCGCUUCCAGGUGAGCCAGAUCCUCCCAUUAUAUUGCAUUACAAUGUUCGGCUUCAUGGUGAUACAAUAACUGAAGAUCCUGUAAUUGUACAAAAUACAUGGACAAUAGCUCAUGACUGGGAUGAAGAGGAGCGAUGUCCGUCCCCUGUUUCUGACAAGAAUAAGAAAGUUGAUGAGUUGGACCAGUGCAAUGUGAUGGUGGGUAAGAAUGAUAGCUGGAGGUUUAUAACCAGCAGAUAUUCUAAUGGUUCAAGCCAGUCCUCAAUGGCACAAGAUGGAUCUAAACCCAGACGAUACUUUCCCUUCAAGCAAGGUUAUAUGUCUGUUUCUACUCUCAGGGUGGGAGCUGAGGGGAUCCACAUGACAGUAGAUGGCAAGCAUAUAACAUCUUUUGCUUAUCGUGAAAAUCUAGAACCAUGGCUUGUCAGUGAAGUAAGGAUAGCUGGAGACAUGAAGUUAAUUUCUGUCUUAGCUAGUGGUUUACCCACUUCAGAGGAUUUGGAGCAUAUUGUUGAUUUAGAAUCCCUCAAAUCAGCACCUCUGCCCCUCCACAAAACAUUGGAUCUCUUCAUUGGUGUAUUCUCCACAGCAAAUAAUUUCAAGCGUAGGAUGGCUGUUCGGAGAACUUGGAUGCAGUAUCCUGCAGUGCGAUUGGGAGCAGUUGCAGUUCGUUUUAUUGUGGGUCUGCAUAAAAACCAGAUGGUGAAUGAGGAACUCUGGAAUGAAGCACGGACAUAUGGAGACAUUCAGCUAAUGCCUUUCGUUGACUACUACAACCUUAUCACCUGGAAAACCAUUGCAAUCUGCAUUUUUGGUACAAAGGUGGUUUCAGCAAAGUAUGUUAUGAAGACAGAUGAUGAUGCAUUUGUCCGUGUGGAUGAGGUGCUUGCUUCUUUGAAUAGGAUCAAUGUGGCCAGUGGGUUACUUUAUGGUUUAAUAAACACAGAUUCCAAACCUCAUCGGAAUACUGACAGCAAAUGGUAUAUUAGCCCAGAGGAAUGGCCAGAAGAAACUUAUCCCCCUUGGGCACAUGGUCCUGGUUAUGUUGUGUCACAAGACGUAGCAAAAUCAGUCUACAAGAGACACAAAAAAGGCCGUUUAAAGAUGUUUAAGCUGGAGGAUGUGGCAAUGGGCAUCUGGAUUGCAGAGAUGAAGAAGGGAGGAUUGGAGGUCAGGUACGAAAAGGAAGAGAGGAUCUACAAUGAAGGGUGCAAAGAUGGUUACAUCGUUGCUCACUACCAAGGCCCCAGGGAGAUGUUAUGCCUGUGGCAGAAAUUGCAAGAGGGAAAAGAAGCUAAAUGCUGUGGAGAUCGAUAAACAGAGAGCUAUAUUAGUAGUUGGGCUUUAGAGCGAGUAAAACAUUAGGUGGAUUAACUAAUAUCGUAGACUCGUAGUAGAAGAUCCAACUAACUCGAGUUGUACACAGGCUAAUAGAACCACCGGGGGGAGGGGAAGGAGGGGAGGCGGAUAAUUAGGACUUUCUUAUACAGUACACAUGAUUCUAUAGUUCGUUUUUAGAUGCUGCGGCUUUCAUACAAUUGAUAUAGAGGAGCUGGCACUUCACUUGUAAUUAAAAAGAGAGAGAGAUGGUUGUGUAUAGUAUAGCCAAAUAGUCAAUAGUGUAUAAUUGUAUAUUCUCCUUCUGCUAGGGAAAUUAUUUUAUUGCACGUUUAUCAAAGGCUUAGCUGUAUUCUUUGAUUUAAUUUGCUUAUGGGAUGUUUGGGGCGUGUUACCCCGUAUUCUUUCUAAAUUUUAUGCAGUGACAAGUCAUGCAUUCUUUA